GUCGUUGCGCCAUUUUUUUGUUUGGGAGCAGUCCCGUUCAGAUAAGCAGGAUUAGUAAAUGUAGUGCAACAAACGCUGCGUACUGGCUGUUAUUUGAGUUUUCUGGCAAACGGACACUUCUUUGUCUGUCACGUUCACGUAAUGUCGUCAGAAAACCUUGACUCGGACACUCAGCUGGAAUACGAAGACGAGAAACAGGAUUCCCAGGAAAAAAAUGCUAACCAGAUGAAGGCUGAGGAAGCAAAGUUGAAGGAAAAGUACCCCCGGCUGAGUCAGAAGCCUGGAGGAUCUGAUUUUCUCAUGAAGAGACUACAAAAGGGGCAAAAAUACUUCGACUCGGGUGACUACAACAUGGCCAAAGCCAAGAUGAAGAACAAGCAGCUUCCUGUGACAGGGCCUGACAAGAACCUGGUUACUGGUGACCACAUUCCCACGCCACAGGACCUACCCCAGAGGAAGUCCUCCUUGGUGACCAGCAAGCUAGCUGGCUAACCUUCAUCACGGAAAAGUGCCCCCACCCUCAUGGGCUCUUGGAAAAAUUCCCUCCUCCAUCUCCCCUCGUCACUCUUUCCCUUGCAUCCACAAGCACCACUGGCUUUAACAUAUCGGGCACGGUUGCAUAAGUUAAAACUCCUUUGGCUUGUAUGUGGGUGGGGCCCGGUGGGAGGGAUGGAGUCUGGGUGGUCCCUGAGGCUGCAGCUUCUCUGCCUUCUCACCACACACAACUCUGCACACUGCGCUGUACCGCCUCUCUUAUGUCUUGGUUUUCUGUGUUCCAAGAUGCUUUACAGUAGGUGCAAGUGUCAUCGGGUCUGAUGGGGCGAGUUAAUGCACUUUGUAUUCUGUAUAGUCCCUUUUUGUUUUGUAAAUCCUCAAUCACACCAAAUUGAUGUUGGGUGCAGAAGAGUUGGGAACUACAGUUGCACCGCCUUUGACAUUUGUGUUUUUCUAUGCUUGUGGCUAACUUUGGUGGUAGGAGAUAGAAAAUGUAUGUGAAGAAUUACUCCGCUUACACACCAAAUCUCUGUGGGGCAGCUGCCUUGCUAGUUCUUUACCACCGUUCAGUGAUACCAUGUUUGUGGGGGUGGGGAUGUAGGGUGACUUCCUUUUCUAUAACAAAAGCUAGUCUUCUGCGGCAGCUCAGCCAAAUGGGAAUGUAAAAUUCUACUCCCCUUCUCAUUUUUUCUUGAAUUCUUAACAGCCUUUCCUCCUGAUUCUGCUCUUUCAAAAAUGCUGCAUGAUUGUAACAAAAGUUAGUUUUUUUUGUUGUUGUUUUGUUUUAUGGGUGUGGGGAUUUUGUUUGGUGAUGAGUAUUGAAACUGAAACACUUCAAGCUUGGGAGUGUCACACUUCCAUGCUUUCCCUUUCGCUGUCCUGACAAUCCAUGUGUAUAUUUAAUUUGUAGCUCAGGGCAAAGCCCAGCUCAACAUGUCUCUUUUUUUUUUUUAAGUUGGGAGCUCCGCCAGUUAUGUUCAGUCCUGGUUGCUUUGACAGAUGCAUUUACUAUGAGCCGAAAAGAUUUGUGAUGAGUUUAAAGCACCCUGCAUAGUGUGUGCUACUGUAAAUGCCACUCGAAUGAGCACGCAAUUAAUAAUACGCUUGGCACUUUGAGGAGCAGAGGAGCUAGCAUGGUUGUGCUAAAUUGACAUAGUUGGAAUUAAAACCUGCAAUCUCUGGCCAUAGACAUUCUUUGCAUUAUCAACUGAGCAAAAUUCAAAUUGCAACUAUUGGGUCAUAAAGCACAUUCUUACUUGACUUUUCAAUAUUACUGUUGGUGUAAAAUGAUGCGAGCAUAUGGGAUUUGACUUGCACUCACCUGUUUUCUUUGAAUGUGAGACAAAUGAACAGCGGUGGAACCACAAUCCUGACAUCUUACAAUCAUAUAGCUUUUAAAGUUCUGCUAUAUUUGAAAUCAGUAUCUUGUGGUUAUAGAUGCUUGAGUGAUCACCGAAGUCACAUUGAUAAAGACAGUUUCUAUAUGUGCUAGUAUUUUGAGACAUUUUUGCAUUUUAUAUUUGGGGGGGGAGCUAGACUUUUUUUUAAUUUUUUUUACAUUUUAACCCACCCUGCGGUCUGAUCAGUUCACUCAACACUUUACCUCCUUGCAAAUCAUGUUAUCAAACACUAACUCAAGUAAUAAAAUACUAUCUUCCUUCCCUAAAACUUUAUCUGAUUCACAGACAAAUGGGUUUUUGGCUCAGACAGACAUACUACACAUCUGAUCUCAGGGGUGUCUGUUUAAACAGAGGGCAGGCAAUCUGAUAAUCACAGCUGUCAAGCUCCUUAAACAGUCAACAUCAGCCUCAAGCGGGACACGGCCUGUCUGCAGGAUCUGUCCGCAUGGGCUCUUGGCAAAAGAGAUGCAGAUUUUAUAACACAGUCAGGGGCAAAGUUUAAACAUGUCCUGCCUGUUAAAAAUUCAACCUCUGAAUGAAAUUGGUGGUGUGAUCACCAAUUCUGUGUCUGCUGAAUGCACAAAGUCCACACACAUUCAGGGGCUGAACUGCAGUGUGGAGCUCAGAGAUACAGCCUCACUGUAGAGUACUGCUUCAGGGAACCUUCACAAAUGCACACCACACAUAGGAUAGGGGACAGGGUGCACGAACAGUUACUUCCUCAGCCUUACCUUUUUGUUUUUUUUAUUAUCCAUUGAAACUUUAAAAUGUGUCAAAUUUACAGUGGGUUAAAGAGAAGUGGUCUGUCAGUAUGUGCUCUGUGGGAUUGUGUGAGUGCACUUCUUUGCUCAUUUCCAGCCAUUGUAAAUAGUCUUCAACAGGAAGGGAUUUUUAGUGUUUCCCACCUGCUUUCCCUUGAAAGCCUGCGAUGUCUCUGAAAUGGUUCCUCUCUGUUUAACACUACUCCUGCUCCAGCUGUAAUUAUUGCAGAAGCUCUGUGAAUCUGUAUCGUAUGAAAAUGUGUAAAUGCUGCUGACUUAAAGGCGAAUCUUUAUAAUUAAGCCCCUGCACUCUGGUUACAAGAGUCAAAUGUCCUCUCCUUUAUUUUCCAUUUUGGGGUCCCUGUAGCUCCUGUGGCAAAGUUCAGUCAGUGAUAAACACAAAUUCGGCUGCUUAAUUUUUAAGAUGCUCUUUUCAGGUUGAUCCAACUGUCAAUCCGCCCAGAUGUUCAAAUAAACUAUAACGCUUCAGGUGGACUGGCAUUGGCAGACAUUACAGCAUCUUAUUGUGUCAAAAUAAAGUUAAAGUACAGAUUGUGAAUAAGGAAUGUGUUGUACAAAACGAGUCUGAUAGUGUCAUGUCUGUCUUUUCAUCGGAGCAGGGGUGUGCCUCACAUCCAAGACGCUGGGUGUCCCUUGUUCAGCUGUGGAGGGGAAAUGUGCCAGAAUGUAUAAAGAAACAGGCUGUGUGGUCUGAAGUACAUUUAUGCUGCAUUUACUUUAACUAGGUUCUUGUUUUAUGAACAACUUGUUGGGAUUUUCUUUUGUCCACCUCUGUGUUCUCUUAAUAGGUAAUUACUAUAGUCUAACCUGGCCCAAUGUAACUGCAGGGAAAUCAGAGGCACCCUUGCUUUGAAGAUUAAAAAAAAGGUUUACAAGCUGAAAAGGGUGACUGGAGAACACAGGAAUCAUUUUAAGACUUCAGAAAGUAUGAAUACUUGGAAUAUUUCAGUUGUUUGGGAGCAGGUGAGAGGAUUUUUGUCAGUAUUUGAAAUAAACUUUUACAUUAAGAUU